CCGAAAGACUGGUGAUGGCCGCAACAGUUGAUAUUAAACAUGACAAACUGUUUGUCGCUGCAAUAGACUUUGGGACAACAUACUCUGGAUAUGCCGUCUGUAGACGACAUGAUUAUCAGAAAAAUCCAAACAACCCAAAAAAUUAACGUUCGGAAAUGGGGAGACGGAGUUAACAAAACAAAUAAAGCUCCAACGUGCGUUUUGUUUGAUCAUGAAGAAAAAUUCGUUAGUUUUGGGUAUGAGGCAAUGAAUGAUUUUCGAUUAAACCCAAAGGAAAUUGAUUACAGCAAAUGGUACUACUUUGAACAUUUCAAAAUAAAGUUGUUCAAGCAAGAGGACAUAGUAACAAAGGAGACAAUGUUAGAAGAAUCACUAGCGAUACAAAACCCAGAAAGCAAAAAGAAAAUGUAUGCAGUUGAUGUUUUUGCUGCCGUCAUUUCAUAUUUGACAGGAGAAGUCGUCAAAGAAGAGUUCAUGCAGUCUAAAAAACAUAAAGGAACUAAAUAUAAACUUGAAGAUAUACAUUGGGUGAUUACAGUUCCCGCCAUCUGGGAUCAAAAUGCUAAGCUGUUUAUGCAGGAUGCAGCAAGAAAGGCUGGAAUAUUGGGUAAAAACUUGACCUUAGCCUUAGAACCAGAAGCUGCAUCAAUUUACUGUCGCCGAGUAGCAGUGGGCGACUCAGAGGACAACGAGGGUUGUAAAGCUAUUGCAGCACUGGGUAUUGGGUCGAAGUAUGUUGUCCUGGAUCAAGGAGGUGGGACAACAGAUAUAACAGUAUACGAAGUUACUGGGAAGAAUACAUUGAAAGAAAUUCAUCAAGCGUGCGGGGGACACUGGGGUGGAAUCACAGUCACUGCAAAGUUUAACAAUUUUUUGCUAAGACUUCUUGGUAAUGAUGUUAUUACUAAUGUCAAGAUUAACAACCCUUCCGAUUAUUACCAAUUACUUUAUAAUUUUGAGCAUACAAAAGCCUCUUUCACAGAAGAACACUCGAAAUUGCCAAAGGAUAAUCAAACUUUGCCAUUACCAUUUUCAUGGUUAGACCAUUUCCAAAAAGUAACAGGAUGCGAUCUAGAAGACACAGUCAAACAAAGCAUGUAUAGGAGUCGAGUAUCAGUUAAGAGGGAUAAAAUGAGAAUAACAAAUGAACUUUUCAGAUCAUUUUUUGAUGAUUCUAUUAAAAAUAUUGUUAAAGAAAUGGAAAACUUACUAAAGAAAAAAAAACUGGAAGGAGUUGAGACAAUCUUAAUUGUUGGUGGUCAUUCAAUGUCGACAAUUCUUACUAAUGCAAUUAACAAGAGCUUUGGAAAAGCGUACAAGAUCGUUAUUCCAAAAAAUCCUGAUAUUGCAGUGAUGAAAGGUGCAGUUUUAUUUGGUUUUAAUUCAAGGAUGAUAACAAGUCGAGUUUCCCAAUAGGGAUAAACCACUUAUUCAGAGUCCAUUACUUUCUAUGACAGAUUCUGCAAUUUCAAGCAUUCAUACCUAUUUUGUCUAUGUUAAAACAAAGUGACAGUCAUUUUAUGGCAAACUGUACUUCGUCCUGGCUUGUGCUGAAAAAUUUAACAUACUUUUAAUUGCAUAUAAGAUCGCACUGGUUCCCGUAAGUGGGGUAGUAAAGAAACAGGUACUCAUAAUCUGAGCAACAGGCAAAAUAUUCUUUUUUCAUUAUUCAAAAGAAACUUUCAACAGGAAAGUUAGAAGCGAUGAAUCUGAAAAGGCAUCACACUGUAUGCCCACUUAAAGCAUGAUACCAAAUUUCAAGAAGCUCUGGUUUGUAGUUCCUGAGAAGGAUACGAGGGAUGGACAGACAGAGGUAAAACAGAGAAGGGGCGUUCACAAAGUGCCAUUGUGGUAGAAUAUUCAAAACAAAUUUAUCUUGUUAAGCAUUAGAUACAUGUUUUUUUUUGUAAAUUUUUAUUGGUUUUGAACUAGGUUUCAGUAAAUGUGAGAAUUCUCGGAUCUGUACUUUUUUUCUUUAGUGUAUUUGUUAGUUAUUUCUGUGCUCUGUAUCGAUCUGGUGAUUUAGCCCUUUUCAACUGAUUUUUUCUAGUUUGUUGUUAUGUUGUGCUGUUACACCACUGUCCCAGGUUAAAGACAGGGUUGGUGCCCGUAAACUUGUUUAACCCCGCUACAUUCUGUAUCAAUCUGAUUAAAAUUCAGAUCUGUCUUUAUUCGCUUGCUCGUAUAUAUGAGGAUAACGAAAUUCGGUGGUUGUCGUUGUUGCUGUUUAUCAUAUUUGUUGUUUUUCGUUUAUUUCUUUGUACAUAAAUCAGGCCGUAGGUUAUCUCGUUUGAAUUGUUUUACAUUUGUCUUUAUUUCUGUUCCGUUUAAAGCUUGCUAUGUGGUAUGGGGUUUGUUCAUUGUUGAGGGAAGUACGGUGAUCUAUAGUUACUAACCUCUACGUCAUUUGGUCUCUGGUGAAGAUUUGUCGCAUUGGCAGUCAUACCACAUCUUCUUAUUGUUAUAUAGUCCCAGAACUCCAAUAUUAAUAACCAUUAGAUGUAAAAAAAAAUAUAUUUCGACUGUUAUCAGUGACAACAUCGCCGCGAUAUAGCCUUUUUGUGCUGAGGCGGCGUAAAGCAAACACCAGUCAAUCAAUCGGUAAUCACCAACAAAACAAAACCAAUGUCGUUAUAAAAAAAUCUUUGGUUAUCUACAUUUGAACUGUAACUUAUGCAAAUUAUACUUUGUCCUAGAUGCACACAUUCAGACAUAUUAAUUAUA